CAUACCCCAGUCAUAUUAUCGUAGUCAGCCACGUGGACAUACAACUAUCUUUAGGCUCUUACCGAACUAUUCUUUGUCUUUCUGACACAAAAAGUAAUUUUCCGUCGUGUAGCGAACUAUUCUUUGUCUUUCUGACACAAAAAGUAAUUUUCCGUCGUGUUACUGGGGAUGACAUUUAACUUGAAAAGUAUGGACGCGCUACAGGCAAUUGUGAAAUUCUUGACUGAGCAGAAAACGACAAUUGGAUAUAGUGUUUUAGCAGUGCUGACUUAUGGGGGGCAGCGUCUUUUUUCUGUCUUUGCCUUCAAAUGUCCGUGCAGCAGCCAGAAUCUAAACUAUGGACUUGUCUUUUUAUUUGUUCCAGCUUUGGUGUUACUUAUUAUAAGUGUAUACUUUGACUGCAGGACCUGGAUACUGUCCAUGGGCUGUUGCCUCAAUCCUUCCAAGCGGUGCCCUUAUGGUAGCUACUUAAAUUGCCUCUGUAUUUUGGUGAAAGCCACAGGAAGUGCUUUCAUAGCUCCUUUGAUCUGGCUCUGUGCGGCCCUACUCAAUGGUACAUUUUAUGAGUGUGCUCUGAGUGGGCUUGAAAAUGAUGCCUACAGAACACACCUCUGUCAGAAUAAGCCACCCUCAUGUAAAGAAGAUAUUUACAGAGUGCCCUGUGAAAUAACAAGCAUGAAUGCAUCAGACAGUGAGGAUAUUCACCUAAUACUCCGAGCACAGUCUCAGGUAAUUGGUUGGAGUCUUAUAGCAUCCACAGCCAUCGCAUUGCUGCUUGUCAGCUGCUACUCUGCCUGCCGCUCUCAAGUCAGUUACCUCCAGGAGAUGUUUUGGCGAAAGUACAUUGAAAAAGAGAGGCAACACUUUGAACAGUUCUCUGAUGACUAUGCCACAAAACUAGCUGACCGUAAUCUGAAGAGCUUCUUUGAAAAUACAAAACCAGAUCCUCUCCCUCUGCCAAGUAACAAUGCAUGGGAAGAGAUUUCAGCUUUGUACAGCUUUAACAGAGCACAUCAGUACUAUAGCACACUCCAUCGGUAUGUGGAAGGUGGAAAGCGAGAAAGCAAUGAAGACAUUCAGCCAGCUUUUGGAUUUGUUGAUGGAGGACAAAUAAUAUAGAACAAUCUUGUAUUAUAUUUAGUUUUAGAAGCAUAUUGCGGACUUAUUUUAAGCCAUUAUUUAUUCACUAUGUAGCCUACUCAUUUUUUUAACAGUUAUGCAUUAACAUUAUAAGAGCUGCAUGUACCAUUUAAUAUUAAUUGUACCACCUUUAUCUUUGGUGUUUGUUUUAAAUUGCAUGUUUAAAUACA